CUGAUGAUCCGCAUUCGCUAGGUAACACAGAAAAGCCUUAUAUUUGUGGUUACUUAGGCUUAGAAGGAACGGUCUUGGCGUAGACGCCUGCCUUAACCUGGCUUCACUUACCCCAGUCGCGUGGAGCCGCGCGUUGCUGGCAGCUAAAAUGCCAACAAUGACGCGCGGCAUCAGCAGCGCUGCCCGCAGCUUGGGGCGCGUUGCACGCUUGCCGGCGGUGCCCAUCGGCGUGCCUGGCUCGCGCCCCAUGCUCCGGAUUCCCGCUGCUAGCUCCUCCUUCGCUGCCUCGCCCCUGCUUGCCCCCGCCAUUCGUCGUUUGCCAGGCAGCCAGCCCCUGCGCUCUCUGGCCUCCGCCGCCGCCCCUGCCUCCGCCGCCACCGCCACCACCACCGCGCCCGCUCCCCCCGCCGGCGCCGUGGAGCGCGCCCACGGCUUCACCCUGCAGCGGCAGCAGUACGUCAAGGAGUACGGCAGCCACGUGCUGCUGUACAAGCACGACAAGACGGGCGCUGAGCUGAUCAGCGUGCUGAACGGCGACGAGAACAAGACGUUCGGGGUGGUGUUCCGCACCCCGGUGGCCGACUCCACCGGCAUCCCGCACAUCCUGGAGCACUCGGUGCUGUGCGGCAGCAGGAAAUACCCCAUCAAGGAGCCGUUUGUUGAGCUGAUGAAGAGCUCGUUGAACACCUUCCUCAACGCCUUCACCUACCCCGACCGCACCUGCUACCCAGUGGCGUCAACAAACACGCAGGACUUCUACAACCUGGUUGACGUGUACCUGGACGCCGUGUUCCACCCGCGCUGUGUGGCCGACCGACGCGUGUUCGAGCAGGAGGGCUGGCACUUCGAGCUGGACAGCAAGGAGGACCCGCUGACCUACAAGGGCGUGGUGUUCAACGAGAUGAAGGGCGUCUACUCCUCCCCCGACUCGCGCUUCUACCGCACCGUGCAGCGGGCGCUGUUCCCGGACAACACAUAUAGGCAUGAUAGCGGCGGCGACCCCGAGGUCAUCCCGCAGCUCACCUACCAGCAGUUCCAGGAGUUCCACGCCAAGUACUACCACCCCUCCAACGCCAGGUUUUGGUUCUACGGCGACGACGAGCCGGUGAAGCGGCUGCAGCUGCUGUCCAGCUACCUGGAUGAGUUCGAGGCGCGACCCGUGGACAGCGGGGUGGACACGCAGAAGCUGAUCCACACGCCGCGCAAGGUCACCGAGUUCUACGCGGCUGGCGACGGAGAGGAGGGCGAGCAGAAGGCCUACGUGGGUAUCAGCUGGGUGCUGUCCGACACCCCCCUAGACGUGGAGACGGAGCUGGCCCUCGGCUUCCUGGACUUCCUGCUACUGGGCACCCCCGCCGCGCCGCUGCGUAAGGCCCUCAACGACAGCCGGCUGGGGGCCGCGGUGAUCGGGGGCGGGGUGGACGACGACCUGAAGCAGCCCUGCUUCACCAUUGGGCUCAAGGGGGUGGACCCGCAGGACGCGGAGAAGGUUGAGUCCCUGAUCCAUUCCAAGCUGGCCGAGCUGGCCUCCUCCGGCUUCUCCGCCUCCGCCAUCGAGGCCGCCGUCAACACCAUCGAGUUCAGCCUGCGCGAGAACAACACCGGCUCCUUCCCGCGCGGACUCAGCCUGAUGCUGCGGGCGGUGGGCGCGUGGAUCUACGACCGGGACCCCUUCACGCAGAUGCAGUGGGAGGACGCGCUGCGCUCCUUCAAGUCCAAGCUCUCCUCGGGCGCUGACGUGUUCGGCCCGCUCAUCCGCUCCUUCCUGCUGGACAACCGGCACCGUGUGACGGUGUCGCUGCUGCCGGAUGCGGGGCUGGGGGCGGCGGUGGAGGAGAAGGAGCGCGCGGCGCUGCAGGCGGCCCGGGAGUCCAUGGGAGAGGAGCAGCUCUCCGCCGUGUUGGAGGGCACCGCGGCUCUCAAGGAGCUGCAGGAGACCCCCGACCCGCCCGAGGCGCUGCAGUGCAUCCCCGCGCUGCAGCUCUCCGACAUCCCCUCCACCAUCACCAAGGUGCCCACCGACGUGACGCCCCUGUCGGAUGGAGCCACGCUGCUCACACACGACCUCUUCACAAACGACGUGCUGUACAUGGAGGCCGCCUUCGACCUGCGCCCCGUGCCCUCCUCGCUGCUGCCGCUGGUGCCCCUCUUCUGCCGCAGCCUCACCCAGAUGGGCACUGCGGGCGAGAGCUUCGUGGAGCUGACGGAGCGCAUCGGGCGCAAGACGGGCGGCAUCAGCGUGUACCCCUUCACCAGCGCCAAGCGAGGCAGCGAGCAGCCGGUGGCGUAUGUCAUGAUCCGCGGCAAGGCCAUGUCGGGCACGUCGGGCGACAUGGUGGGGCUGAUGCGGGACAUCCUGCUCACCGCACGCCUGGACGACCGGGAGCGCUUCACGCAGAUGGUGGCGGAGACCAAGGCGGCGCUGGAGAGCGGCAUCAUCAGCGGUGGGCACUCCUACGCCGGCAAGCGUCUGGCCGCCCAGCGGGGCCUGGCGGGCUGGCUGGCCGAGAGCAUGGGCGGGCUGUCGUACCUGGACUUCAUUCGGGGCCUGGGCAAGCGGGUGGAGACGGAGGAGGGCUGGCAGGGGGUGCGGGGGGAGCUGGAGGCGAUCCGCACUGCGCUGCUGCAGAGGAACGGCGCCAUCGUCAACCUCACCGCCGACUCUGCCACCCUGGCCGCCGCUGAGGGGCCGCUGCGGGAGCUGCUGGCCGCGCUGCCGGCCGCCUCGCCCGCUGCCCCCGCCGGGCCGCUGGUAUCAGGGCUGCUGCUGCCGGCGGGCAAUGAGGCGCUGUGCGUACCCACACAGGUGAACUACGUCGCCAAGGGCGCUGACCUGUACCGCGACGCCGGCUACCAGCUGAGCGGCGCCACCUACGUUGUGGAGAAGUACCUGGGCAACACGUGGCUGUGGGACCGGGUGCGGGUGGUGGGCGGCGCGUACGGCGGCUUCUGCUCCUUCGACUCGCACUCGGGCAUGAUGACGUUGAUGUCGUACAGGGACCCCAAUUUGCUCGACACGUUGGAGGCGUACGACGGCUCGGCGGAAUUCCUGCGGUCGCUGGAGCUGUCCAAGGAUGACCUCACCAAGGCCAUCAUCGGUACCAUGGGCGACAUCGACGCCUACCAGCUGCCCGACGCCAAGGGCUACUCGGCCCUGGUACGGCACCUGCUGGGGGUGACGGAUGAGGAGCGGCAGACGCGGCGGGAGCAGAUCCUGGCAACCAGCAACAAGGACUUCAAGAUCUUUGCUGAUGCGGUGGAGUCCGUGCGUGGACCCGCGGGUCGCGUGGUGGCGGUUACCUCGGCGGAGAAGGCGCGGGCAGUGCUCGAGGAGCGGCCGGGCUUCUGGGACGUGAAGAAGGUGCUUUGAGCGAGGCGUAGGAAGCUGGCACGUGGCUGGGCUGCGUGUUGAUGGAGUUGUGGGAAGGUCGGCGGGGGAGGUAUUGGUGGGAUUGACCUGGAUGAGUGGUGGGAAGGUCGGCGGGGGAGGUAGAAGUUUAGGGGUAAUGAGGACUGUAGGAGGAUGAGGGGAAGUGCGGAAAGCGCGUGCAAUGCGUGUGGGAGGGAGAUCCAGAAGCUGGCGGGGACAAAAGGAGGUGAUGUACGGUGUUGUAACCCUUACGAUGGGGGUUUGGAAGACACCGAGGACGGUGUGGGCGUAUGAUACCUGAUGGGACAUGAGUUGAAACCCUGGGAACGGGAACCGUGGUUAUGCAUUUUUGGGGUGUGUUUUACAGCGGUGUAUACUCCCUCGUGUACUUAUUGCUGUACAAUUGCCGUACCGGAUCCAAGCCUACCGGUACCUUGUAGUGGUGUACGUUGCACGGAGAUCCUAUGUAUGCGCUCGGCGCCGUUUCUUGACUACCGGCCAAAUGCUCAUUGAUCGCUGCUUCACUUUGUGUUGCCGAUAUGGAAGUAGAGUUAUGUAACUUAGCCGGCGCUGAAUGUGCAGCAGUUAUCUGUCGUACGGUGCAG